AUGGCACCCAAAAAAGUCCUCAUCGUCCUCAGCGACGCCCACUCUUUCCCUUUGAAAAAGCCCGCCAGCAGCAGCAAUGAUAAGGACCAAAUCGUCCAACAACCAUCGGGCUUCUUUCUGAUGGAACUCGCAAAACCGCUUGCACAACUCCUCGAAUCCGGGGCGCCAAACCCGCUCCAGACCCCAACAGUUGAGACUUUACUUGCCUUUGCGGGAAAUUUCUACGAACGUCGACAUGAGAAUGAAUUGAUUGAUAGAAUGCGACGUGAGAAUGGAUUCGAUUCCCCCCGACCCUUUAAGUCGAUAAGCGAUGAAGAAUUGGAUUCGUUUGCGGGUGUGUUUAUUCCUGGUGGACAUGCGCCGUUGCAAGAUUUGGGCGAUGAUCCGGAACUAGGUCGGAUCCUGAAGCACUUCCAUAACAAGACAAAGCCGACAGCGGCGAUUUGCCAUGGUCCAUAUGCGUUUUUGAGUACAAAGGCUACGAGCCCAGGCGAAUUUGCUUAUAAGGGCUACAAACUCACGAGCUGGAGUGAUGCGGAAGAAAGGAUGAUGGAGACUAUGUUAGGUGGAGAGAUUGAGAAAGUCGAAUCUUCUUUGAAAGAUUCUGGGGCUGAGAUGGUGGCGGGUGCUAGGGAGAAGGCUGGGUAUAUUACGGUGGAUAAGGAGGUUGUUUCUGGUGGAAACCCGUUGGCAGCGGAUGCUUUGGGUAAGCAGUUUUUGAAGAUGUUGAGUGAGAAGGCUUAG